AUGAAGUCAUUAUGCUUUGUUUUAGCUUGGAUUUUUACAGUAAGUUCAGGGACUCAAUAUGAUGAUGAAUUUUAUUAUGGUAAAUUCCCUGAUGGUUUUGAAUGGGGUACAGCCACGGCAGCGUAUCAAGUGGAAGGGGCCUGGAAUAUAGACGGUAAAGGUGAGAGUAUAUGGGACAGAUUCAGUCACACGCCAGGUAAAAUAGAUAAUGGUAUGACCGGUGAUAUAACGUGUGAUAGUUACCAUAAAUAUAAAGAGGAUGUCCAGAUGUUAAAACAACUAGGGGUAACCACUUACCGGUUUUCUAUAUCCUGGUCUCGGAUUCUACCAGACGGCACCAAUGGUACCAUUAACCAGAAAGGUAUAGACUAUUACAAUAAUCUUAUUAAUGAAUUAUUGAAGAAUAACAUCAAACCAAUGGUGACAUUAUACCAUUGGGAUUUACCCCAACAGUUGGAAUACAGAGGUGGAUGGUUAAACGAGGAGAUCAAUGACUUCUAUGCUGAAUAUGCCAGAAUUUGUUUUCAAAACUUUGGAGAUCGGGUUAAAUCAUGGAUUACAUUUAACGAACCUUGGGUUGCAUCCAAUCAGGGUUAUGGAGAUGGUUCGAUGGCUCCAGGUCUUUAUGGUCCUGGUACAAACGUCUACAUAACAGCUCAUAACAUGAUCCGUUCCCAUGCUAAAGCCUAUAAUAUUUACGAUAAGGAAUUCAGAUCUAAGCAAAAUGGAACGAUUGGGAUCACGUUAAACUUUGGAUUUGCUAUGGCCAAGGACCCAAGCAAUCCUUACGACCUUGAAGCAGAGGACAGAUCUCGACAGUUCUCCCAUGGCUGGUUUGCUAAACCCAUCUUCUUAGACGGAGAUUAUCCCGAGGUCAUGAAAACUCAAAUUGCAAAGAAAAGCAAAGCAAUUGGUUUAGCAAAAUCACGACUUCCAGAAUUUACAGCCGAAGAGAAGAAGAGUAUACGAGGUACUGCUGAUUUUAUGGGUUUAAACUAUUAUUCUGGUAAUUAUGUUUAUGGAAAAGAACUACCUGCUGAUCCGCCAUCUUAUUUUAGUGACCAAGAUGUAGUAACAGAAGUUGAUCCCGCAUGGCCAAGCUCUGGUUCAUCCUGGUUGAAAGUUUAUCCCAAGAGUUUCAGGAUGGUUUUGAACUAUUUAAAGACCCAGUACAACCACCCGGUGAUAUAUGUAACAGAAAACGGUGUGUCCGACAGAAACGCCACCAUAUACGAUCAGAACAGAAUUAAUUAUUAUAGGGAUUAUAUCAAUGAAAUGCUUAAAGCUAUUCGACUCGACGGAUGUGACGUAAGAGGAUUUGUAGCUUGGUCAUUAAUGGAUAAUUUUGAGUGGGCAAGAGGUACGACAGAGAAGUUUGGAUUGUUCCAGACCGACUUCAAUGAUCCGAACAGACCUAGGACCAUGAAGGCUUCUGGACGUUAUUAUGCCCAGGUCAUUAAAGAUAACGGAUAUCUGCCCGGUUAUCCGGGACCGGCAGGAAUGGCCACCGGUCUGGUCCCUUACGAAAAUGAGUUUCUGUAUGGUGAUUUUCCUGCUAAUUUUAGCUGGUCAACCGCAACUGCUGCUUAUCAGAUUGAAGGUGCAUGGAACGAAGGAGGAAAGGGUAAGAGUAUAUGGGAUGUAUUUAGUCAUGUACCUGGUAAUGUUGUAAAUAAUGACACAGGGGAUGUAGCUUGUGAUAGUUAUCAUCAAUAUAAAAAAGAUGUACAGCUACUCAAAGAUCUGAAGGUUUCAAAAUAUCGAUUUUCUCUGUCAUGGCCGCGUAUUCUACCGGAUGGAACGCCAUCUUCCUUGAACCAAGCUGGUGUUGAUUAUUAUAAUAAACUUAUUGAUGAACUACUGGCUAAUAAUAUACAACCAAUGGUUAGUUUGUAUCAUUGGGAUCUACCUCAAGCAUUGUCCGUACAGGGAGGAUGGUUAAACGAUUCCAUAGCCGACUGGUUUGCUGAUUACUCCCGUGUGUGUUUCAAGGCCUUUGGUGGAAAGGUAAAAUAUUGGAUGACUAUCAAUGAACCCGCGUCCAUCUCCGUCAUUGGUUAUCAGAAUGGUGUAUUUGCUCCUGGAAUAAAGGGUGGUACUACAGCUCGUUAUCGUGUGGAUUAUAAUAUGUUAAGAGCUCACGGGAAAACAUAUCGACUCUAUGAGAAGGAAUUUAAAGGUGCACAGAAAGGAAUGGUGGGCAUAGUAAUAUCUGCAGGAGACGAUAAACCUAAAAAUCCUUUAGACAAUUCUGAUGUGGAAGCUGCUGUUAGAUCUGCAGAGUUUGGUCAUGGGAUUUACGCCAAUCCUAUAUAUGGAACAGGGGAUUUUCCAGACAUUGUUAAGCAAAUAGUAGCUGAAAAAUCAUCUGCCGAUAAGGCUCCAAAUCGUCUUCCUACUUUUACCCAAGAUGAAAUCAAAAUGAUAAAAGGUAUUUCCGGAUCCAGCUGGCUGAAAGUCACACCAUUUGCAUUAAGAAAAAUGCUUAACAGAAUUAAAUAUAGCUAUGGCGAUAUUCCUGUUUUUAUAACAGAAAAUGGUGUUUCUGACCUCACUGGAGAAUUAAAUGAUGUAGAUAGGAUUACCUACUAUAAGCUGUAUAUCAACGAGGCUCUAAAAGCAAUCAAAUUUGACAAUGUUAACGUCAUUGGUUUUACGGCUUGGUCACUAAUGGACAACUUUGAAUGGGCGAGAGGUUACUCAGAAAAAUUUGGUCUUCACCAGGUUGACUUCAAUGACCCACAACGUCCUCGAAAGGCAAAAGCAUCGGCUCGUUGGUAUUCACUGUUGGCAAGCGACAAUGCAUUUAAGCCCGGAUAUACGGGUAAAGGUGGACGAGGAACUGCAGUUCAGAUGGAAAAUGAAUUUUAUUAUGGAAAAUUCCCGGCUGAUUUUGCGUGGGGUUGUGCUACUUCCGCUUACCAGAUAGAAGGUGGAUGGAACGCGGACGGUAAAGGGCCGAGUGUCUGGGAUACGUCAACAGCUAAAGGAUUAUCUUAUGGUAAAGAAACGGGACAGAUAGCUUGUGAUAGCUACCAUAAAUAUAAAGAAGAUGUCGAUAAAUUGAGAGAUCUGGGUGUGAAUCACUAUCGAUUUUCUAUUGCCUGGUCCAGAGUUUUACCCAAUGGUACUAUAUCAUCAUUGAACCAAGCCGGAUUAGAUUACUAUCAUAAUCUGAUUAAUCUGUUAAUCUCCAACAAUAUCCAACCUGUUGUCACCCUGUAUCACUGGGAUUUACCUCAAGCUCUUUCUGAUCGUGGUGGAUGGACAGAUAGUUUUAUCACUGAUGCCUUUACACAAUAUGCUGAUCUCUGUUUCAAGGAGUUUGGAGAUAAGGUUAAACUGUGGAUCACAUUUAACGAACCACAGGUUUUUACCACUGGUAAUUUUGAUUUACGGGGAAAAGAUGGAAUUCUGCCGUACAAGAAAGCACAUAAUGUUUUAAUAUCUCACGGUAUGGCGUAUCGACAUUAUCAUACCAAAUAUGCGGCUACCCAGAAAGGUAGAGUAACCAUCACCUUGAAUGGAAAUUGGGCAGAACCAAAGAAUCCUCUCAGUUUGUCUGACUACGAAGCCUCUGACUGGACGAUGCAGUUUACAUUUGGUUGGUUUGGACAUCCAAUCUACGUCAAUGGUGAUUAUCCACCAAUAAUGAGAGAACGCAUCGAUCGAAUCAGUAAAGAACAGGGUUUUAAUACAUCGAGGUUACCCACAUUCACACCAGUCCAGAUGAACAUGAUCAAAGGAUCAAAGAUAAUAUUACCCACAUUCAAACCAGACCAGAUGAACAUGAUCAAAGGUUCCCAUGAUUAUAUUGGUUUAAAUCUGUAUUCGGCUGAUUUGGUAACGAAAGUAGAAAAUGAUACAGCUGGGAUGGAAAAAUCAGAGUAUGGUAAAGAUUUUGGAAUAACAGGCAUGAAAGAUCCCAACUGGAAGAAAUCAGCUUCAACCUGGUUAACCGUGAAUCCUUGGUCUAUAAGAAAGUUGUUAAAUUGGGCGAAGGUUAAUUUUGGAGCUGAAGACAUCUAUAUAACAGAGAAUGGUUUAAGUGAUAAAACGGGUACUAGAGAUGAUGUUGAUCGUGUGGAAUUCUAUAGAUAUUAUCUAAACGAAGUAUUAAAAGCGAUCGAUUUGGACAAAGUUAAAGUUCGUGGUUUCAUGGCUUGGUCAUUGAUGGAUAACUUUGAAUGGGGAAGUGCUACAUCUCAGAAAUUUGGACUGUAUCAGGUUGACUUUAAUGACCCCAAGAGACCAAGAAGACCCAAAGCUUCGGCAGCGUUUUAUUACAAACUAAUAAAAGACAACGGUUUUCUUCAGGGCUCAACAAGCGACCCUGCCACCAAGCUUGUCUUACCAUAUCAAGAUGAUUUCUUGUAUGGAGAUUUUCCAGCAAGCUUUUCUUGGGGUGCAUCUACAGCUGCUUACCGAGUAGAAGGUGGCGGUCGCGCUGAUGGUAAAGGAGAAAGUAUAUGGGAUCGUUUUGAAGAUAGGUCAAUCUCCGACAAUAAUUCCGACUACAAGAAACCAGACAGCUAUAUACAUUAUUUAGACGAUCUAGGAGCUCUUACUCAAAUCAAUGCAAAGCAUUAUCUAUUUAGUAUAUCAUGGUCACGAAUCAUGGCUGACGGAACUACCAGAACUGUGAAUCAAGCCGGUAUACGAUAUUACAAUAAUCUGAUUAAUGAACUGGUGGAUGCUGGAAUAGCACCAGCAAUAUCUCUAUAUUACUGGGAUUUACCUCAAGCAUUACAGGAUCGUGGUGGAUGGCUGGACGCUUUCACGGUCGACGCAUUUCACCAAUAUGCUCGCUUGUGUUUUAAUGAAUUUGGAGAUCGGGUAAAGACGUGGAUAACGUUAAGUAAUCCUAGAAUUCAUGCUGACCAAGGAUAUAACACAGGAGAAAUGGCACCCAGUCAUCAAGGCAAUCGGGCUGACCUUUUCAAAGCUGGUCAUAACAUGCUCCUGGCGCAUGCUCACGCAUACCAUUUAUACUAUGACGAAUUUAGACCUGUACAAAGAGGUCAGAUCGGUAUAGCUCUUACCGGAAGUUGGUCGUACCCUAAAGACCCCUACGAUCCUGCGGACCAUUUUGAAGUUGAAAAGGAUAUGGCGUUUGGAUUAGGCUGGUUCGCACAUCCUAUUUUAUCAACGGGAGAUUACUCCAACUUAAUGAAAACUCAAGAUGUCAACAUACCCACUUUAAGCGUAGACCAACAGAAGAUGCUGAAAGGUUCUGCUGACUUCCUUGCUGUAGAUUAUAAAGAAACUACACACAUGACAGAUAAUUCCAGUGAUUUUUCUCGUUUGAAUCCUGUUGGUUUAAGGAAGUUACUAAUUGAGAUCAGAAAACAGUAUAACAACCCCGCUGUUCAUAUUGGAGAAAUAGGUCUAAGUUCAUAUUCUGCAACUCUCGAUGAUGAUUUCAGAUCCGAUUUUAUACGAACUUACUCUAAUGAAGUACUAAAAGCAAUAGAAUUGGAUGGGUGUGAUGUUCGAGGCUUGACCUACAAAUCAUUGAUUGACGAUUACCACACUAAAGACGGAUUAUUUAAAGUCAAUUUCGACAAUAUAAACCGCCCUAGAGUACCACGCAAGUCAGCUAAAUACUUUGCUAAGCUUGUGAAAGCUAACGGAUUCCAUAGAGAUGGACCAUCAGCACCCAUGACCUUGACUACCACAUUGCGGCCUCGAUUAGCAAGAGCAGUGUCGCGAUCAUCAAGAUCUCUCCCUUCUGUAUAUAUUAAUGUUUUACUUUUAACAUUUUCACUGUCUAUAGUUUUGUCCAAAUUUUCAGCCAUAUUUCUUUAA